AUGUCGAAUUAUAGUUUUUCUUCCGCUGUAACUACCCUUCAAGAACUGCGAAAAACAGGAGAACGAAAAUCUGAUUUGAUAGUUUCGCUUGGUGAAACAAUUAUAGAAAGCGUCUGGUCUGUAUACGAACAGGUUUUCAUCGCGGCUCUCGAUCUUAAGAAGGAUAAAUUGGCAAAAAUAUGUCUCGAUAACCUAGAAAAACGCUUUGCAAAUUCACCACGCGUAAAAAUCUUGGAAGGGAUGAAAUUGGAAGCGGAUGGUAAAUUGGAUGAUGCGCUGACCAUUUAUAGAAAUAUUCUGGAGACAGAUGAAUCCAAUGCAGCUGGAAAACGAAUAGUUGCCGCCUUAAAAGCAAAAGGACAAAUAGCAGAGGCCAUUGAAAAUUUAACAAAAUACCUUGAUGUGUAUUGCAAUGAUACAGAAGCAUGGUUAGAAUUGUCCGCCUUAUAUUUAGACCAGCAUUUAUAUCUACAAGCGAGAUUUUGUCUCGAAGAAGUAAUCCUACUACAACCGCAAAAUCACCUUUCUCAUCUUAAGUACGCAGAGAUUUUGUACACGAGCGAUAAUAUCCAACUAGCACUUCGUGAAUAUUGCCGUGUGGUGGAAUUAUGUGAUGAUUAUUUGCGUGCAUUGUAUGGAAUAAAAUUGUGCACUGAACGACUCCUAAGCUUGGAAAAUACAUCCAGCUCUUCCUCUUCUCAUCAACCAUCAAAGUCGCAAGCGCCAACAAAUUCAUAUGACGCGAAAAUUCUUUCCGAAUUGAAGCUCUUGGCAACUGAGCGAAUUCUAAACACUUAUAGCAGAAAAUCUCGUGACAAUGCUACUGACAAAAGUAAUGAAUUUAAAAAAUAUAUAAUUGAAUGGUUACAAGCUCCAUAG